AUGUCUCUCCGAGGCACCCUCCUCGCCUUCAUGGCUUUCACCAGCCUCGUCGCUGCGGGAGUCAUCCCGGCCAGCUACUAUGUGAGCAAGUCUCACGCCACUGCCAGCGACGCGGCCUCCACCAGUGGGGUGGAGUAUUACGUCGACAAGGUGGUGGAUUACCUCGCUCUCUCUGCCUCGACUUCUGCUUCUCCCACCGGUUACCCUGCCUCCGCUGUCUCGGCUGUAUACUCCGCCCCGACCCAGGUCGCGGAGUAUCUCACCUCUUCUGCCUCUUCUGUCUCUCUCUCGACUGCCUCUGACCACGCCACUACGAGUUCGGACGAGCACUCCACACCGACCGCGCCCACAGAGAUGGCUGGCUACCUCGCAGCUGCGUUGCACGAAUGGGCGGCCACAGCUCCCCGCCCAACGUUUACCUUUCUGUCGGCAGACGAUAUGGAUCCCGACGUUAUGAAUGCCGGAGUUGGCAACGGCGGCAACGAACUCGGAUGGGGUGAGCCGUCUAAACGCGACGAGAUGACCGUGGACUCCGGUGCGUCGACCAAGGACUCCGGGGAAGACACUCUUGGGGCCAAGUCCGAUGAGGAAGGCCAUGCGACUCGUGACGUGAAGGACGAAGAGAUCAUGGACCCUUUCUCGGCCGUGACUGGGAAAUUCUUGCACCAUGUGGCCGAGGAGCACAAUGAGCACGCUGGGCCGGCCGACCGUCAUGACAAGAGGCAGGAGAUUCCUGUUGAGCAUGUCGACGCCGAGGAACCUGCUGCUUCCAAUCACGACUGGCUGCUUGUCGACCCGGUCGUGGAAGAUGUCGUCUCUGAGGAACCUGCUUCUCCCGAUCACCCUUGGCUGGUCAUCGAUCCUGUCCUUCCGGACAACGUCACCGAGGAUGCCGCUCCGAAGCCUGUCAAGCCCGCUCCAAAGCAAGGCGUCUCGCAAAUCAUGUCGAAUGUCCUCGCAGCCGUAGCCAAAGCCCCCGAAAUGUUGGGCAACAUCAAGAACAUGCCCGGUCCGGUCAUCGCCGCCAUCGAUCAGCCUGCCACCACUGCCGCCCUCCCACUCUCCAACGAAGCUCGCGCAGAGCCGAUCAUCCCCACGAUGAUGCCCGAUCAGCCAGGAGAGGUCGAAACUCCGGUCGCCGUCAACACCGCUCCAGCUGAACACCGAAACCUCCUGCCGUUCCCAUUUGGUCUUCCCUUCUCCCUCCAGGAGAUUGAAGAGAACAGCGUCCGCUCCUCCACUCCGGUCGCCAAGCGCGACGGCUCGAGCGGCUCCCCUCUCUGUGCCGCCGACGAUGAACUCUGCCGUUCCGCUCAAGGCGAUCCCGCUCGAAUCGAUAUCGUCACCGAGGGACACGAUCAGUCGGAUACAGGCGAUCAUCCCGUGCGUUGCGCCAUGGCACUCAACAAUGCCAUGCUCAACGGCCUACACAAGGACCAAGAAGAACGAAAACGCCAGAAGCAGCGCCAGGAAGCAGCAGUUGCUCAUCCAGCAGCCAAGCCUCCGCCCAAAAUCCGCAUCCGAUGGCGGAAAGCCGCCAAUACAACAUGGACGAAUAAUGCUGAGGUCUACGAUAUGACGCUGGGAGAAUUACAGAGACUGUUGGCGAGGGAGAAAGGCCACGGCUUGAUGGCCAGGGUGGUGACUCCAUUCACGACAUGGGAUCAUAGGGUUUGGUUGGAUGAGCGUACGGCACUGAAGUUGUCAGCGGUGGAACGUUGGGUCACUGGAUUCAUCGUGGUUGAUCGUGCGGAAGGCGAGAAGGGGAAAGGGAAAGUGGAGGUGAAGAAGUGA